UGGAGCGUCUGUCAUGGCGCCCCCGAUCCAGUCUGUUUUAGCUAAAUCGGAGCACGACUGGGAUGUUUUAUCAAGUGGCACAUUCAAAAUGCCGAGUAUGAUAACAUUUUCUGUUGAGUUGUGUUGAAGACUAAUAGAAGAUGCCUCCAAAAAGGAGAGGACCUCUUCAGACGGUCCAACGAGAGACGGAUGACAUCAAGAGAAAGAUGGAUGUUUUGGUGCAGCAGGCUGCUAAACCAGAUGCGUCAGACGGGACAGAGACCUUGGAGAGGUGCAAAGAGUUACAGCGCGCAGUGGAGGAAAUUAUGAAGACUCUGAAGAAAUUAUCUAAAGUACUGUUUAUUUAUCAAAUUUGCUACAAUUAAUUAUGAUUAAUUACAAUUAUUUAUAUCAGCCGAUACCAAUUUUUUCCUUGGCCACAUAGAAUGGCUGGACCUAGCUCAUCUCAGACAGAACAGGAGAGCGAGGAGGAAAAUAGUGAUGAACAAGAUGAGAGCUCUGAGGAUGAAGAUGCUGAAGAAGAAGUACAGGAUGAUGAUGAUGCUAACAGUGGUGAUGAAGAUGCAGAUAUUGGUCCAACUGCCACAGGACAGGGAUCUGUCUCUUACAUUGCUCUCAGUGCAUUUACGGGACAGGAAGAAGGGGACCUCAGCAUCCAAGUUGUUUUCGGAGAGGUUUUGAAAGUUCUCUCUAAAAAUAAGGAUGGAUGGUGGCUGGCUCAAAACUCAAAAGGCCAGAAGGGCCUGGUGCCCAAAACAUUCCUGAAGAUGGCUUCUCUGCUGGAUAGUGAGAGAGAGAAUGAGGAUGAGGGGGAGAGUGAAGAAGAAGAAGAGGAGGACAAAACAUCCAAUUGGAACACAGUGCGGAAGGCUGUUACUGAGAUAGAUGCUACUGAUGUGCUUUCAGCAAUGGGUGCCAUCCCACCAGGCUUCAGACCCUCCACUCUCUCCAGACUCCUAGAGGAAGGGAGAUCUUAUAGAGCAAGUCACUUCAUUCAGCCCAAGCUUAGCCAAUCACAACUCUCCUUUAAAGAUCUCCAUAUGGAACCAGACACAGGCAAGGUACCGAAUUUUCACGGACGCCCAUCAAGAGUGAGUUUAACCCUGACCCUGUGGAGCUGUCGAAUGAUCCCACCCCCCGGGGUCGGGUUACAGGUGCUCAGCAGGCACGUUCGGCUCUGUGCAUUUAACGGAUCCCAGGUUUUGAGUAACAUUCACACAGUCAGAGCCACUUACAACUCCAAGAUCCCAAAGACCUGGAGCUUUUCUCCACGGAUGACUGGGAUGCGGCCCUGUCUACUAGAUGGAGACUGUUUCCUGCGUUGUGAUUCUGAAUCUCCUGAUCUUGGAAUUCUGUUUGAAUUGGGUGUGACCUACAUAAGAAAUUCCACAGGGGAGAGAGGAGACCUCAGCUGUGGCUGGGCGUUCCUUAAACUAUUUGAUGAAAGUGGAGCCCCCAUUGCUCUACUGACACAAGAGCUCACUAUCCAUGGUGGCACACCAUUUGAAAAAGACACUGAUAUGGAUACUACAUCUACCAAAAGAGGAUAUCCUACCGGUGUGUUUCAGCAGAUGUUGCUGUCCAGGAAGAUCCCUAAACUUGUUGUUAAGCACAAAUCAGUAAACACACGCAGCAGAGAGCUUCUGAAUCUUUUGCCAGACACUGUAGUAGGAAGUCUGUCCACAUUACAUCUCCUGGCAACAUACAGGCAAAUACUUGCUGAUGCUCUUUUAUUGGACAGAAUCACCAUGUAUAAUGCAGAUCUGAUCUGCAGCUCGGUUCUAGCCUCCUUCCCUGAUGUUCUAGAUCAGCCAGACCUGAUGGAUGCGUUUAGGAAAUCAUGGACCGAAUCAUGGAGUAACCUGAGAAGAUCUGAAAAGAGGGAUAUUAACGUGUUAAAGCAGAUGUUUGUAAGCGUUUUUAUGGGCAGCGUGUAUCCAUUGUUAUACUCUGUGGAGAUGCCUGCUCCCUGCUGGGCAGAUGAGGAAGUGGAAUCUCAACGUGCUCGUUUUAUCUACAGCCCUUCCCAAAAAACCUCAGUGCAAACUCUGCUGUCCUCUCAAUGUUCACAUCAAGCCUUUGACAUUGCACAGGUCACCUAUGACCUCAUCAACAGUGCCCAGCUCUGAGUCUAGAGACUGACUAAUCACAUGGUCCUUCAAAUAGCAAAAUGUUUGAUUGUAUUUUUUAGUCUUUUUAAAAUGUGUAUUUAGAUAUUAAACAUAUAAAUAAAACUGUUUAAUCUCUCAUACCCAGCCCAGAAAGCGUAUUCACAGUUAUGUUUAUGAGGAAAUCGUGCCAUACUAUACUUACAGUAUUUGUGCGUGUGAUUGUUUUCCUUUUCCAUGUAUUUGUAAAGCAUCCCAUGACCGCCCGUCCCUUAAAUAAUGGUCUAUUUUUAAGCACCACACCUCCUAAAUACAACUCCUCCCUCUCUCUUUCUCAUUUUUUUCUCACACAAACGCAUAACUACAUGGUUUAAGUACACACCUCUUUGUCUUUAACACAAGCCUCUUAUUUGAACAUAUUCCACUCCUUUAAAACAAGUCGUACACUUAAAAACCUGUUCCCAUUCUUUCGUGUCUGACACACCGCCUCGCCCAGCCAUCCUGAGGUGUGGUGUCAGAUGCUUAUAAAGAUGGAGACAUGAAUCAGCAUUAAUUGUUCUGAAGAAAAACCUACCAUAUAUCGCUGAUGGAAAGAGGUGUGAUAACACGCCAACUGAAUGUUUAAUCUUCUUACACUGUAUUAUAUAAGUUAGCU